AUGAACGUAGGGAUGAACGGCCUGCAAGCGUGUUGUCGAAGAUAUUUUUUCAAAACAAGUAGUACAGCGUCAAUAUGCCGUCGAUUGAUGAGCCAAAAUUCGCGAGACCCUAGACAUGUUUUCACUGAUCCUUCAAACAACGAGAUUCUUGAUUCCAAGCAUUUUUUCACUAACCCAGGCCACGCUCUGCACACCGACGAGGAAGUAAUAACAACGACCAUUCAACAGUCAAUUAGAACUCAGCGACGUAAACGUGUCAAACAUAUCUCAAGUGCUUUCAUUGUUGCUGUACUAGGUACAAUAUUCGGUUACUCCGUUGCUUAUAAAGUGCUAUAUCUAAACGAGGAGUCAUUCAUUCCAGCAUAUCCAGUCUCUAAGACCCGUAAUUUUAGUCAUGAUGAGCUUAAAUUCAUUAACACCGAAGAAAUAAAAAAGAUUGCCGAGUAUAAACUGCUGGAGAAACUUUCAAUGCAUCCAAUGAUCAAAGAAGAAUAUGGGGUGCCUCUGCAUAAAUCCCCCGGUGUUCCUCUUAAAUCACACGACUUUCUAGUAUGGCAUGAAGAUCCGAACCCAUGUCUCGCAGGCUUCCUAAUAGCGCCAUACAACUGUCCCAAAGAUCAAUUCAAAUGGCAUACUGUUCCCUUUCUGUUCAAAUGGAGAAUUGUAAACCGAUCUAUCAAUUUUACUGAUUUUGCUGACCGCUUACUAGGCCGCUUCGGACUUGGCACUUCUGACUUAUUUCAAGUCGUCAAUCCUGAUCAUGAAAUUGGUGAAUACAAGUACGAGAGACCUAUUCAACAUACGAAAAACCACCGUAUAUCCAAUGUGUGGUUUAUGGGAGAAAUGGAUUUAGGGAAGAAUGACAUGAUCGUUUUUAAAGGCAAAUAUCACAUUGAUGUUAACGUACGACAGGUGGACCUUUUGCGGAAAGAGGGUGACAAACUCGUACGCUACGUGCUCUACCAAGCAGAUGAAAAAUAG